AUGGCUCUUGAUCCUUCAUCUCGCAGUUGGAUACACGAUGUCUUCCCAAGCUUCCACGGAGCAGAUGUUCGCAAAGCCUUUCUCAGCCACGUUUUCAAGGAGUUCAAAGCAAAAGGAAUCGAUAUAUUCAUUGAUAAUGAUGUCCCAAGGAACAAACCGAUCGGUCAAGAACUCGUAGAAGCUAUUAAAGGGUCGAGAAUCCUGAUCGUCUUGCUCUCGAAGAACUACGCUUCUUCGACAUGGUGCCUAAAUGAAUUGGUGGAGAUUAUGAAUUGUAGUAAAGAGCUUGGUCAAACGGUGAUGACCAUUUUCUAUAAAGUGGAUCCAACUAAUGUAAAGAAACAAACCGGAAAAUUUGGAAAGGUCUUCGAAGAAACUUGUAAGGGUAAACCAGAAGAGGACAUUAGGACAUGGAGACAUGUUUUGGCUGAAGUGGCAAUAAUUGCUGGUUACCAUUCAAGCAACUGGUGUAACGAAGCCGACAUGAUCGAUAAUAUUGCGACUGAUGUUUCAAAUGCACUAAAUAAUCGUAUCCCAUCAAACUACUUUGAAGACUUAGUUGGGGUUGAAGCUCACAUGCAAAAGAUGUUGUCUUUGCUAUGCCUAGAAUGUGAUGAAGUGAGAAUGGUAGGGGUUUGGGGUCCUGCGGGUAUUGGUAAGACGACCAUCGUUAGAGCCUUAUAUGAAACUCUUCGUAGUAAGUUCACUCAUACUGCAUUCAUGGUGAGUAUAAAAGGAGUCUAUACAGUACAUGGCCGCGACAACUUUGCUCUUAUGUUGCAAUUACAGGAACAACUUUUAUCUCAGACCUUAAAUCAAAAGGAUUUGAAGAUACGUCACUUAGGUGUUGCACCGGAAAGGUUGAAAGAUAAGAGAGUGCUUAUCGUUCUUGAUGAUGUGGAUCGGUUGCUACAAUUAGAUGCUAUGGCGAAAAAAACUCAAUGGUUUGGUACUGGAAGUCGGAUUAUCAUAACAACUCAGGACUACAAUCUCUUAAAGGCACAUAGGAUCAAUCAUAUUUACAAGAUGGAUUAUCCAAUUGAUGAAGAGGCACUUCAAAUCUUCUGCUUGCAUGCUUUUGGCCAAAAGUCCAUUAAAGAUGGUUUCGAGGAGCUUGCCUUGGAAGUUACAAAACUUUCCGGGAAGCUCCCCUUGGGAUUAAGUGUAAUGGGCUCCUAUUUCCGAGGAAUGUCCAAGCAAGAGUGGAUAGAUGCACUACCAAGGUUAAAAGCUAGGCUUCACCAAGAUAUUCAUAGUAUUUUAAGAUUCAGUUAUGACGCAUUAUGCGAUGAAGAUAAAGCUUUAUUUCAUUAUAUAGCUUGCUUUUUCAGCCAUAAAAGUAUCCAAACACUUGAAGAUUUUCUUGCGUAUACAUUUUUGGACUUGAGUCAUGGGCUUAACAUAUUAGCUGAGAAAUCUCUCAUAUCUCGGGAAUAUGGAUUUAUAAAGAUGCCUAGUCUUGUAGUACAACUAGGUAGAGAAAUUGUUCGAAACCAAUCUGUUCAAAAACCUGGAAGACGCCAAUUUUUGGUUGAUGCUAGAGAGAUAUGUGAAGUACUCACCAAGAAAACUGGUAGUAAAAGUCUUGUAGGUAUGAAUCUCGACUUAUCUGAAAUCAACGGUGAUUUUGAUAUAAGCAAAAGAUGCUUCGAGAGAAUGUCCAAUCUCCAAUUCUUAAGAUUCUACGGAAAAGUUGAUGAUUAUAAUGGUUGUAGAUUGCACUCUCCACAAAGUCUGAAAUAUCUAUCUCCAAAGCUUCGUUUACUACAUUGGGAAUAUUUUCCAAUGACAUGUUUACCUUCUAGUUUCAAUGCAUUUUUCCUUGUCGAGCUAAACAUGCGUUACAGCAAACUUAAGAAGCUGUGGGAAGGAGUUCAACCUCUUCAAAAUCUCAAGUGGGUGGAUUUGAGUUAUUCCAAGAACCUUAAGAAGCUUCCUGAUCUGUCUUUUGCCACUAAUCUCUUGAGUUUAGAUAUCAGUCACUGCUCAAAGUUGUUGGAGCUACCAUCUUCAAUUGGAAAUGCAAUUAGUAUGUUGAUUUUGAAUAUCGAACAUUGCACAAGCUUGCUGACUAUCCCUACCUCUAUUGGAAAUAUUCCUAAUCUCAAGAUAUUUCUUGUUGAGUGUUCAAGUCUGGUGCAACUCCCCUCUUGUAUUUGGAAUAUCACUAAUCUCAACACAUUUAAUCUCGACAAUUUCUCUAGUUCCAACGAGGACCCUUUGAUGUGGAUUUCCAGGAUUUAGAUCUCAGUGGAUGCUCAAGUUUAACAAAGCUUCCCUCUAUAGAUAAUGCCGCUAAUCUCCAGCAGCGAAAUCUUAAGGGAUACUCAGUUUCUGCGGGAUUGUCCUCCUCUAUUGGGAAUGUCACUAAUCUCAAGAAAUUAAAUCUCAGCAACUGCUCAAGUCUUGUGGAGCUCCCUACCUCUAUUGAGAAUGCUACUUAUCUCCACGAACUGAAUCUCACUGGAUGUUCAAGUUUGAUGGAGCUCAUCUUCUCGAUUAGGAAUGCCACAAAUUUCAAGUACUUGUCUGUCAUUGGAUGCGCAUCUCUGAUGGGGUUCUCUUUCUAUUCUAUCGAGUGUAACUUCCAGGAAUUGGUGAAUUGUGUCAAAAGAAGACAAGAAUGGGUGAAAGAAAAUUUAAAUAGUUCUCUUCCUCCAGUGGGAAUGUCACCAAUGCCCAAGUCUCGUAAAUUUUGGAGAUCAGAAGAGUACUCAAAGCUAAAGGCUCUUCCACCCAAGCUCGACGUGGAAUCUAACUUUCUUUCGUGUAGAAAAUCAGAUAAUGGAUCAUCAUACCAAGAAGAAAAACAUGUAUCUUGAAGUAUCACCUACUAAAAGGUAUAUAAGUCAAGUCUUCAAAAUAGUUGUCUUCCAUAUCUGUCCAACGGCUCCUUAUAAAUGCUUUUCCUUUGUCUCUCUGAACAAGUCCGAGUAUAAACAACACAUUUAUAA